AUGGCCCUUAGACUUUUGACCAAGAGCGCAUCGGUCGCCGCCGUGCGCCCCAUGCUCGCUGCCCAGCGUUCCACCGCCUCUGUUGCGUAUGUUAUAUGUAUCCGCCACAUGGCCACCGCUACCUCUGAUGAGAAGAGCGUUUCGCCCGACAGCAAGGCCCAGAGCAUCCUUGAUGCCCUCCCCGGUAACUCGUUGAUCUCCAAGACCGGAGUUGUCACUGCCAUUGCCGGUUUGUCGACCUACUUGAUCUCCCAGGAGCUCUACAUCUUCAACGAGGAGACCCUUGUUCUCUUGGCCUUCGCCGCCACUUUCGGUGGUAUCGUCAAGAGCGCCCGUGCUCCCUUCAACGAGUGGGCCGAUGGCCACAUCAACAAGAUCCGCUCGAUCCUCGAGAAGGCCCGCGCUGACCACAAGGUUGCCGUCGCCGAGCGUAUUGACCAGGUUGGCCAGAUGAAGGAUGUUGUCGAGGUCACCCAGGCUCUCUAUGCCCUCUCCAAGGAGACUGCCCAGCUCGAGGCCGAGGCCUUUGAGUUGAAGCAGAAGACUGCCGUGACUGCUGAGGUCAAGUCGGUUUUGGACUCGUGGGUCCGUUACGAGACCUCUGUCCGUGAGCGUGAGCAGUCCAAGUUGGCUGCCUACAUGAUCGAGAAGAUCAAGGCCGAUCUCUUGGACCCCAAGCUCCAGGCCCAGAUCUUGGAGGAGUCUAUCAGCCAGGUCGAGAAGAUUGCUUCCACCAAGGCUUAA